ACGUAACAAGGACAAGAGAUUGAAAAUAGAAACCUACGGGUAUGGUUGGCUCACACUGGGCCACAAGUAACCCUUGUGGUUACAAAUCUUCACUCCCAUCUAUAAUUCUCCUUCUCUGUCUUCUUCCUCUUCUUCUCUAACGUUAACAUAUCCCCUUUGGAUUUGAUCUUAUUCCACUUCAUCUAUCUCACAAGAGAUAAGUUGUUAGGUUUGUGUUAUAUCCCAAUGGCUCUUAACGUGAGCAAAGUUGUUCCCCGUAGUCCCAUUUUAGCGAAGAGGGUUAACGCUUCAAGAUCUCAAAGGGUCUUGCUAGCUUUCUCACCCAAAAAGGGCUCCUCCUCUGCUGAAGAAUUACUACAAGGUCUUUCUUGUACAAAGCCUGUCACUUUUGUUACUUCUCGUAGAUCUUCUUCUUCUUCUACUUUGUGUUUUCUUGGGAAGUCUCAAGACACUGAAACUAAACCACACGAGGAUCCCCCUAACUCUCAAAUUGUACAAAAGGAAGGUGAGAAGAAAGUGAUGCCAAGUAGAAGAAGCAGCUCAAGCCAGGUUUUGGUGGAGUAUGUGUCUAAUGAUGCUAAAUUUGUUAAUGAAAGGGCUCGUAGUGACUUUGUUCUUCUUUCUCGUGGCAUUAUGAGACUUGACGCUCGUGCGCGUCAGGACGUUGCUAUUCUUGGUUCAGGGUUCCUUAAACUUGAUGCUCGGGCAAGAGAAGAUACAGAGAAAAUAGACCGUAAUGUCAAGAGAAAGGCCGAGCGCCUUCAUCAUAUUGCUAGUAUAUUAAAGAACAUAGCUCAGUCUAAGUUGAAAAAUGCCGCUGAUAAGCAUUGGAGUGACGGCGCCUUAGAGGCUGAUUUGAGGCGUGCAGAUUAUCGUGCUAAACAACGGGCAAUGGAGGAUGCAUUAAUGGCUUUAGAGUUCAUCAAGAACAUUCAUGAUAUGAUGGUGCAAAAAAUGGUUGACAGCUUGGUUACAUCUGAAAUUGGUACCACGGACCGCAUAUCACUUGAGAAGAAUGGCAAAGCUCUAGAUUUUUUCCCAGGGGAAGUUUCAUCUGAUCGCAUAUCUGCUAUUGAGGAAGCUUACAAGAGUAUGGCAUCAGCGCUCUCAGAAGCCGAUGGAAUUAUUGACUACACUGACCCUGAAGAGCUUGAGUUGUUAGUCACAACUCUGAUAGACCUUGAUGCAAUGGAUGGUAAAAGUAGUGCAUCUCUCUUGGCUGAAUGCUCAAUCUCUCCAGACGUCAAUACAAGAAAAGCGUUGGCUAACGCCUUGGCAGCUGCACCGUCGAUGUGGACACUUGGAAAUGCAGGCAUGGGAGCAUUACAGAGGCUUGCGCAAGACAGUAACCCAGCAAUUGCAGCAGCUGCUUCGAGAGCGAUCAUAGCGCUGAAGAAGCAGUGGGAAGUAGAAGAAGGUGACUCACUUAGGUUUAUGAUGAACUUUGAGAAACCGAGUGAUGAUGAUGAUAAAGAAGAAGAAGAAGAAGAAGAUGGAGACAGUGACCAUGACGAAAUCUGAAGAAAAUGCAUUUUUCAUGUAAAAGAAUAUUAAGUUUGUAGAUAAUUUAGAGUUCAUAAUAACUUUAGUUAAUACAAAAACGAAAUCAUAUGAAAUAUGUAACUAUGGAUGGGUAGAAAUAUGAGAUCCAUGCUAUAUUAAGAACUGCCGAAACCGUCAAAAUAUUAAUUUAUAUAAUAUUAAUAUAACUUGUUA